CGAAUGAAACCCUCAGUUUACAUUGAGACUCACGAAGCGUCCGUUGUGUGGAAUUGUUAAAUGUAUUAAACUUUAUUUAGUGUUAUUUCCAGCCAGCAUUCGGAGCGUUUUUGAAGCUUCAAAAUGAGGGUCUUCGCGAGCCUCAUCGUCUUCCAUUUGGCGUCAACCAUCUUCUGCAUGGACCAGCUGAACAUCCGGUUCGAAUGGAAGCAGCUGGACUACCAGUUCCCGACUCCAGAAGCCAGGGAUCAGGCCAUAGCGGCGAGGACUUUUAUACCGGUUAACAACAUUCCUAUGGGCCUGGAGAUUUAUCAGGAGAAACUGUUCAUAACUGUGCCGAGGUGGAGGAAUGGAGUGCCGGCUAGUUUGAACUAUAUUAAUAUUAACGAUAAUUCGACUUCUCCAAAACUCAUGCCAUAUCCAAGCUGGGCAGCGCACUCCACCGGCCUUGACGGAAAACCUUCCGAAAUUAUAUCACCAUUCCGAAUCAGGGCUGACCGCUGCGGCAGAUUGUGGGUUCUUGACAAUGGCAAAAUUGGGAAUCUUGAAUCUAACAUUACCAAGUAUCUUCCAGCGAUCAUCGUCUACGACCUGAAAACAGACAAUCUUCUCAGGAAAUAUACCAUUCCCGAUGACCAAGUUAAGGAAGACUCUGGAUUUGCAAACAUCGCUGUAGAAGACACAGAUUGUUCCAAAACUUACGCAUACGCCGGCGACGUAGGCAAGGCGGGAAUAGUUGUAUACUCGUGGGAGAAAAACGAAUCUUGGAGAAUCUCCCACCACUUCUUCAACCCUGACCCGUUAGCCUGCAAUUUCACGGUCAGGAACCUCACAUUCACAUGGACCGACGCCAUUUUCGGCAUGGGUAUCUCCGGCCCCAACCCUGACGGCUUCAGCACCUUGUACUUCCACCCGAUGGCCAGUUUCAACGAGUUUUCCGUAUCAACUGAAUAUUUAAGGAACACAUCCGUAGCUGAUAGCAAUUUUGAAGCGUUCAAGUUAUUGGGUAACAGAGGACCGAACGCUCAAUCGAGUGUUUCUUUCGUCGACCCCAAUACCGGUGUUCUGUUUUACUCCCUCGUGAAUUUAGACGCUGUGGCCUGCUGGAAGACUUCAAACAAAGAAUAUGUAAUGAAAAACCAAGGCAGGAUUUACAUGAACAACGAAACGAUGGUUUAUCCAACCGAUAUUAAAGUCGACUAUAACGAUAACCUUUGGAUUCUUUCAAACAAAAUGCCAAUUUGGAUGUAUUCCAAAUUGGAUGCAAAUGAGGUUAACUUUAGGGUUUUCUCUGCUCCAGUUUUGGAAGCAAUAAGCCACACUGCGUGUGACGUUACACCUAGGACAGAUAUUUUGGAUAAAUUUGUGAAUAAAAUUAAAAAUGUUACGAAUAAACUCACCACUAAGCUCAAGCCAAACUCUGCAAGCGUUAGAACUCCUCUGUCUUUAGUUGUACUAGCUAUCAUUAGUUGUUUUAUUGGUGUUAUUGCUUCUAAGUAGAUUAUAAUGAAAUAAUAGGGCAAACUUGUAAUUUAGCAACCAAUUUUUGAUCUAAAAUUUUUUAAAAUUCAAGUUCUGAUUUCUUUAUUCCUUUAAAUAUCAACUUUUUGAUAUAAUUGAUUUUUGUGUGAGUGAUUAGGUAUUUGGUUGAUGUUUUUUUUUAAAGAAUUAAUCGUAUUUUAUAAAGAAUUGACUUUUUAAAGAGCAGUUCGAAAUUGAUUCUGAUCAAAAUCACGAUUUUUAUUAAAUAUGUAUGUAACAUUAAUCUUGGUAUGAUGAUAUUUUUUGUGAUGUAGACAAAAAAUAUUUUCCAGAGGAUCCACUUGUUAGGAUACUUUUCUUUCAUCGUCAAUCAUAAUCAUCAUCCUCUUGGCAUCUAUCAUUAAGCCAAACAGCUGAACGUGGCCUUUCAGUUUAUUGAUGACUGUUGGCUCUGUCUACCCCGCUGGGGAUAUAGACGUAAUUAUAUGUUGUGUUAUGUUUUGUCCUCUUGGCGUAAGUAUCGGCUGCGUUCACACCUGUCUGGAGAGGAGCCCAAAAAAAGAAUUGAUGCGUUUAUGUUAAAAAUAUCUCUGUUAAAUAUGUCCAAUUUUACUAAGUAACUUGUUGCUAGCCUGUUGCUAGCUUUUUGCAUGCUUGCUGUUAAAUGCAUUAUACGAUUAAAUAAAUAAAAACAAAACGAUGUAAAGGCUUUGUAAAGGAUUACACAAAUUUUUCAGUCAUUAUCUGUAUAACCAAAUAGAAAAACUUAAUUCUUUUAUUUGAUUUUUACAGAAUCUGAUAUUGUGAAGUUUUUAUAAUUAACAGUUUCGUGUCAUUUUUUAUUUAUAAUUUAUUUCAUUAUUAUUUUAGCUAGUUAUAAGCAAUUCACAAUUCCAAUAUGAAACCUUUCUACGUAUAAAAAUCUGAUUUCAAAAACGUUAUAUAAUAAACCUUAAGGUACUUUGUUUUAUAUCAAAAAUAUAUAAGAAAACACUGAAACAUAAUCAUUUAACAUUGUUUAACAUACAUUACAGUGGCCCUUUAAAUAUUUGUACCAAUUUUAUGAGAUCCUCGUGAUUUUUUUUAUGUUUUUAGUUUUUUUUUGUUUUUUAUGUUCUUAAACACUUUUAUGCAUUUAAACAACUCAUUCGCGGUCUUAAAUUAUCUCGUAAUUGACGUCCUACCCUACAUCUGUUUUUUCUUUGUUUUUAUGUUAGUCGCAUUUCAUCAAAUUUGUAACUUUUUAGAUAUAGGUACUUAUAUGUUACCGAACUAUUAUUUAUUGUGAUCUAUGAAUCAUUUGAAGUGUUUCAGUUGAAUUAAAAUACUAAUUUUAACAAUUAUUUCUGUGAGGUUAAGUUAUUAUGUACUUACAUAGAUGUUUGUGCCUUAAAAGUGAUAAUAUUAUUUAAGCUAUUCUAGCUAACAUACAGUGAGCUACAUAUAAAAAAACACAAAGGUAGUGCGAAGGAUGUAACUUUUUAUAUGUAGCCCACUGUACAUUAAGUAUUUCUUUGUAAAUAUAUUUUAUGUUAAUUAAAUGCUGCAAGCUUAAAAAAAUCUUUUUUACAUACAUA